AUGGAGAUCGACCCACGACACGCCCACUACAAGGUUCAGCUGCUGCUGCACAUCAACAGCGUGCUGCUAACACGUAUCAACCAGAUCAACGCGAAUCCAGCGCAGUUUUCCUUGGAACAGCAACAAAACAUCGCCGCCCAGUACCUCAAACGCGUCCACGCAAAUCUCCAAUGCAUCUCCCAGCUGAACCAGGGCGUCCAGACGGCCAAGCCGGCGCUCCUGGACCCGCCGCAGACGCCCAUCCAACAGCACUCGCAGGACGUGUUGUCAAAGCUCUACCUGCUUACCAGCCGCGUGUUUGAGGUGUGGUGA